AUGGGCUCCAACGCGGUGGAAGAGACCGAAUUGAAACGAGGUGUUGGCGACCAAUCCGAUUUUCCGUCUUCGGUAGCCGGAAUUGAUGUGUCCGGUCUGGAUGAUGAUGCGCUCUACUGGUGGCGUACCAGCGGGUUCGACCUGGCCCGGAUGAUGGAAGAGGCUGAUUUUCCCGAGAAGACGAAGAAUCAAUUCCUCACAUUCUACAGUACUGUCAUUUGUCCAUUGCUGAAAGGAAAGCCAGAGUCUGGAUCAAUGCCGACUGCCGUGGGUUGGGAUGGCAAUCCCUUCGAAUACAGUUGGGAAUUCAAAGGUUCCACCAAGAAGUCGAGUGUGCGGUUUGUGUUGGAUCUGACCGAAGUCCGCCCACCGAAUAAGGAAUGCCCCAUGAGUGUGGAUACGGUGGAGGGGGUUCUCAAAGUUCUGAAGGACAAGAGUCCACUUUACUAUGAUAAAUGGCAUCGCGCGAUUGAGCGGUGGUCAGUAUAUUCAAAUGUACCGGCCGAGAGGCAAGAGUAUCUGAUAUCCAAAGCGGGACAUCGGACGCCUACCAUUCUCGGCUUCGACAUCAACCCCAAGAUCACCGAGAUGGCCCCAGAUAUGCUCCCUGUCAUGAUCAAGAGCUACUUCCCACCAUGCUUCGUGGCUGCGGACCGCGGCUUCACGCGCUUUCAGGCCCUCUCCUUGGGCGUGCGGCAGUUGCCCGACAUCGGCUCGCACCCAAACAUCCUGCUCGGGCUGAAGAUGAUCGAGGACUUCGUGGCCGACAAUCCCCAGUAUGAGUCUCAGGGUCGUGGUCUGUCCACUGAUUUUGUGCGCAACGCCCGCCUCAAGGUGUAUUUGCGGUACCUGGGCGACGACUUUGAUGAGAUCUGGGACUACUACACGCUUGGCGGACGGAUCCCCAUCCCAGACCUGGAAGAGGACAAGCAAAAGCUGAAGGACAUCAUUCAACUUUCUAGGGGAAUGUGCUAUCCUGUCAACAAGAUCCGCAAGGAGACCGAGGACGACAAGAAGCGCCGUGCUAUCCUGGGCACAAAACCUUCGUCGUUGUACUUCUCGCUCACGCCUGACAAGCCGUACCCCAUCCCCAAAUUCUACUUCUAUCCGGGCUUUCAAGCGCCAAAUGACGAAGCCGUGGCGCAGGGACUUGAUCUCUGGUUGGAAAAGUAUGGAUGGGCCGAUGGCGGACCGACUAUUGAGGAACGGACCAAGAACACAUUCAAAUACCGGAGCCUCGAUGAGAAGCCCGGCAUCUUCACGUUCAUUGGGUUCGGAAGGAAAGAAGGCGUUGACGACCGCGCUUUGAGUUUGCAAAUAUAUAUGUCGUUUAAAUACAACUCAAUCCUCCUUGUGGGAGCCACUUCUGGAAUCGGCGCCGGUCUAGCGGACAAAUUCGUAGCCGAGGGUUCUCAAGUCGUCGCCGUAGGUCGCCGCCAAGACAAACUCGAUGACUUUGUCAACAAGCACAAUUCUGCCAACGCGGCCGCCAUUAGAUACGACAUCACAGACGGCGCAGGCUUGAACGCUUUUGUCAACGAAGUUAUCAAGAAGUACCCAGACUUAGACGCAGUGUUCUUGAAUGCAGGCGUCCAAAGUCAAAUACGCCUAUCACGGGCUGCCGAGUUCGACGCCGCCAGCUUCCACUAUGAAAUAAACGUCAACUUCACCAGCAUCGUCAACCUGGCUAUGGCAUUUCUACCACACUUGCAGGCCAAGACACAACCGACUAGUUUAAUCAUCACGGGAACUCACCUCGGCCUAGUUCCGGCUCCGACGAUCCCUGCUUAUUCGGCGUCAAAGGCGGCUCUGACUUCUUUCGUCGACUGUCUCCGGGACCAGAAUCGCCACAAGUCUACCAGGAUCAUUGAGAUUUAUCCUCCGGUUGUGCAAUCCGAGCUUCAUGAUUAUCUAGGGGAGGAUGUCGGCCGCUCCCUCGGGAUGCCUCUUGACCAGUUCACGGAGGAGGCGUACGAACAGCUGUUAAGCGGCGAUGAACUUAUCGUCAUUGGGUCUGUUGCAACCGAGCCGCGUGAAUCUUAUAUUGAACUGGUCGAGAAGCGCAGGCAGAUAUACAGCAAGCUGUCACACGCAAUGCUGGCGCGCUUCGAGUUGUGA